AUGGGUGCUAAUAACUCAGUCCCAGGCCGUCCAUCGAGCUCAAGCGCCCCGGUGCCCGAUAUUAUUAAGAUUAAUGGCCACCAAGUUGAAGACGGCCAAGCUGGAGACCACCAUCCAGUGGUCGCAUCUUGGUUUCUCGGCCCUCGUGCUGAGAACUUCAAGUACAUGGCUCAAUCCUUCCUACAGGUUCUCCACGAUCAAAAAGAAGCCCGCCAUAGCCUUUUCCCCAAUGAUCCGGCGUUCAUAACUCCGGAAAUCCAAUCCGACGAAAGGUUUCAAGCAUCGAUUGAGUAUUUGAAUAACCAUCUUCAUUUACUAUCUGAAAAACUAAGCACAAACUGUAUUCCAUUUUGGAGUCCGAGGUUUAAUGGGCACAUGAAUAUGGAUACUACUAUGCCAGCACUGCUUGGGUAUUUGACAGCGAUGCUGUAUAAUCCCAAUAAUCUUGCAAUAGAAGGAGGUCCUUUGACCACAAUGCUUGAGAUUGUCGUCGGAAAACAGUUGUCUGAAAUGCUUGGCUAUAACGUUGUUCCGAGUCACGAUCCCUCCGUCCCAGUAGGAUGGGGACAUAUCACAGCCGACGGCUCUAUCGCCAACCUCGAAGCCAUCUGGGUCGCACGCAACCUCAAAUUCUAUCCACUAUCCUUAUUUCUCGCUAUCACCGAAGGCCCCUUAAAAUUCAUAAAAUCCAAUCCAAGAUCCCUAAUAGUCCCACUUUGUGAUGGUAAUAAAAAGCCUUUCGUCGACCUCACAACAUGGGAACUCCUCAACUUAACCCCUGAUGCUGCCAUGAGCCUCUCUAAUCAACUUAAUGAACUCUAUGGAAUCUCACAAACAGCUUUAACUAAGGCAGUAACGCCGUAUUUGAUUCAGGAUACUGGUAGACGCUGGCUUGAAAAGAAGUUUGGGAUCGAGAAUGAAGCAGUUAUGUUUGUUAGUACUACGGCGCACUAUUCUUGGCCGAAGGGUUGUGCAAUUACCGGCAUCGGUGCAGCGAACAUCAUCUCCGUCGACGUCGAUCUAAACGCUCGUAUGUCAAUCUCUAAUCUGAGAUCUAAACUUUCUGACGCCCUUGCCAAUAAAAGAGCUGUCUACUCUGUCGUUGCAAUAAUUGGCAGUACCGAACAUGGUGCGGUCGACCCUCUGAAAGAAAUACUUGAAGUUCGCAAAGACUUCCGAAAACAAGGUCUAUCAUUUCUUAUCCAUUGCGACGGCGCAUGGGGCGGCUAUUUUGCAUCAAUGGUCGAUGUUAAAACGAAGAGGAAAAAUAGUAUUUCAAAUAGUACUAGAAAUCAUACAAUGGGGUUUGUACCGAGACAAACUUUGAAUCCUUAUACUAUUGAGCAAUUGGAGUCAUUUGGAGAAGCGGAUAGUGUUACUAUUGAUCCACAUAAAUCUGGAUUAUGUUCCUACCCAGCUGGUGGACUCUGUUAUCGCGAUGGUAGGCUCCGCUUUCUCGUCACUUGGCAGAGUCCGGUCGUUUAUCGAUCCGGUGAUCAGAGUAUUGGUAUAUAUGGUGUUGAGGGAAGUAAACCAGGCGCGGCUGCGGCUGGUGUUUGGCUUUCUCACGAAGUUAUCGGACUCAACAAGAAUGGCUAUGGAACAUUACUUGGAGAAGGGGUCUUCACUUGUGCAAAGCUUCACGCAAACUGGGCCACUCUAUCCACGGAUGAGGAUAACUUCAUUGUGACUCCGUUUAACAGACUUCCAGCUGAGGUCGAUGGGAAAUCCCCUGAAGAAAUUGAGAAGCAGAAAGAAUUUAUUCGAAAGCAUAUCAUUAAAGUCGAUAAUAAAACUCUUGCAAAAGAUAAAGCAGCUCUGGAGCUUCUUAAAUUGAUCGGAGGCGAUCUUAUGGCGAAUGCUAUGGCUUGUAACUUCAAGUAUACAGUUGGCGACAAGAAGGUCCCAAAUACUAGUAUCGUCGAAGCGAAUAUUAUGAACACUAGAAUAUUCAACCGUGUCUCCGUCACCCGACCUGGCGAGGAAGUCAAAAAAAGAGAACUAUUCCUCACUUCCUCCCAAUUCUCGCAAGAGAACUAUGGCGAAUGUCUCACUACUUAUAAAAAGCGACUGAGCCUUAAAGGGUCGGAUGACUUAUGCUCUCUCUUAAACGUCACAAUGAGCCCCUGGCCUACGGACGGAAAUUUCCUGACGAAUGUUGUCGUAGCAGGAUUUAAGAAAAUCGUUCAGGAAGAAGCUCAGUAUGCUAUUGCCCGAAACACAACUUCCCCCGAUUUUCACGGUUUCGUCAUGCAAGGCGACUCCCCCCUUCAUCUCGUUCAUCUCCCCAUGUUCAACAUGAAAAACCACCGCUACCAAUUGAUUAUUACUGGAGAUCUCCCCGCCGAUAUUUUCGAAAUAUACAAAUCCGAUAAAGCGGCCAACCCGCGUGCCGUGUAUCUGCUUGGAAAUAAAAACGCAGACAUCCUCGAAGAACUUGUUAAAGCCACUGAAUUCGAAGCAGUAAUCGAUAAGGGGUUCCCACCAGACGAUGGAUCCCAUUGGCUUAGUGGGUUCAAACUUACCAACAUCAAAUUAGUUCUGAACCAAUCACUAGAGCUCGAUGAUCUUAAAAAGGCGUUUCCGCAUACUGACGAUAGACUGUACCCUUCUCGAAUGCCGUUUUGGAUGUAUGGAACUAAAGAGCAGACCCAUAUUGACCAUGUCCUAACGUGGUCACCAAACGCACAGCUCAACAGUGAAUGCGUAAAAUGUGAUUUUGAAAGAGAACUUACAGAAGAGGAGUUGAGUAAUAUCGUCGUCUGUACAUUUGACGGCUUGGACGAGAAUUUCAUGCAACCAAUCGCCAACGAUCCCGGGCAAGAAAACCCAAACACAAAUUGGCAUACCCCUGGUCUCCCCUUUCAUCGUUCCUCGACCUUCUCGGUCGAAAUCUACUCAAAUUACCACGACUCCCAAUCCGAUGCCGCCCCAUUAACAAAAGGCACCAUAAUCCUCGGCGGCUGCUAUGCGGACUGGGAUAUAAUAAACGAUAUCCCCAGUAACCCCGGUGAAUAUAAGACGGACCCCCUUCUCGAAGAUUACGAUAUUUUAAGUGAUACCCCGGACUCCUCUGGUAAACAUCGAAUCCGAAGGGGAAGUCUGAAGCCAAAUCUGACGGAAAGGCAUCCUAUUCAUAACGCUUAUAAGGAAUUGUUGGAUAGGAGGCGGAUUGAGAUUGCCAAGGAGUGGACUUUGGGGUUUGAGCCAUUUGAACGGUGUAAGUCGGUCAUAGCAGGGAGCUUGGAGAAGAAGAGUAUGAAAGUAAACAUCAAGAAGCUUCUGAAGAGGAGGAAUAUUACUUUAGAGGACUUUUAG